AAAAUUUUCAGUUUUGUACUUUGAACUCCGAUCAUCCAGUGCCAGAAGAAAGUUGGUUCUAAAGGCGUCCCCACACCAGCUCCUGGAAUAGACGAGAAUCAUGGCGUCUAACAAACUUCUGGCGAGCGCUACAAAACAGGCAUCUUACAACAUGGUGCUUCAGGUGAUCUUUCGAGCGAUGACGUUCCUCCUGAACGCCUUCCUCCUACGGUACAUCUCCAAGGAGAUGGUGGGCGUGGUCAACGUUAGGUUGACUCUGCUCUACACAACCAUCAUUUUUGUAGCCCAUGAGGCCUUCAGACGGGCGUGUCUGAGUGGAGGGGACAAACGCAACUGGAGACAGACGGUCAACCUGAUAUGGUGCACUGUUCCCCUGGGGUUCGUGUGUACUGGAGUCUUCACCGCCGUGUGGCUGUACCUCCUGGAGCGCCCUGAUCCAGACGUCAUCCCCCACUACAGCGUGGGAGUGCUCGCAUUCGCUGCGUCAGCAUUUAUCGAACUGUUCGCUGACCAGCUGUGGGUGAUGACCCAGGCUCUGCUGUUUGUUAGGUUAAAGGUAGUGAUUGACAGCUUGUGGAUAGCAGUGCGAUGUGUGACUACAGUCAUCCUGGUGGUGUAUUUCCCUCAUCUGGGACUCAUAGCCUUCUCAAUAGCUCAGGUAGUGAGCAGUGCAGCACUGGUCCUGGCAUACUACACCUACUUCACACACUACAUCCGUACUGCAUCACCUGAUGACAGCUUCCCGUUAAAGAAAAUACAAGACUUCUUCCCAACCUGGCCUACAGGAAAGAAGCCGUGGACGAGCCCAGAACUGGCCAGACUGACAUGGAGUUUCUUUAAACAGGGCAUCUUGAAACAGCUUCUGACAGAAGGUGAAAGAUAUGUCAUGACCAUAUUUGAUGUGCUGAGUUUUGGAGACCAAGGUGUGUAUGACAUCAUAAACAACCUGGGUUCUCUGGCUGCCAGAUUUCUCUUCCUGCCCAUUGAGGAGAGUGGGUACUUGUUCUUUGCUCAGUCACUCAAGAGGGGAAAGCCAAUCAGGGACCAGGAUAAGGAAUCCCUUGGUCUUGUGUCCAGGGUACUGCAGAGCCUGCUGAAGGUGGUGGUGCUGAUUGGUCUGACCAUCCUGGUGUUUGGUUACGCCUACUCCUUCCUGGCUCUGGACAUCUAUGCAGGGGAGAUGCUCAGCUCAGGAUCAGGCCCCUCCCUGCUCAGGUGGUACUGUGUGUAUGUCCUGCUCAUCGCCAUCAACGGGACCACAGAGUGUUUCGUGUUUGCAGCUAUGAGUCAAGAAGAGGUGGACAGGUACAACAAGAAGAUGCUGGUGUUCUCUGUGCUGUUCCUGACCUCAGCUGUAUACCUGACACGUUGGCUGGGCAGCGUGGGAUUUAUCUUUGCCAACUGCCUGAACAUGCUGGCCAGAAUUGUGCACAGUCUGUACUUCAUGCUGGGUUACUACGAAGGCAGCCAGUGGAGACCGUUAUCAGGCCUGGUGCCCAGUAGAUGGGUGUCAGCAGUACUGGUGGUGUCCUGGGUGGUCACCAGCUACUCAGAGAUGAUACUGUGUUGUGACCAGGGCUGGCCCUACGGGAUCCUACACAUUGCUGUCGGCGCAGUCUGUCUCUUGGUUGUCAUGGCAACAAUCGUACUGACGGAACGAGACCUGGUGUCGUUUGUCCAUGAACAGUGGCUGUCCCGAUCUCAACAACGUGAUGACAAAAAAAGUAAACAGGACAACAAAGCGACAAAUAGGAGACAGACAGAUAGCAAGAAACAGUCAUAGAUUGAUUUUAGGUAAAAAUUUAAUGCACCUGGUAUAUUGUUACCAAUACUAGUCAUAACAAAUUAAAUUCAUUGAACUAUUUUUCCAUUCCAACAAUAUGAAAUAGUAUAAAAGAUAGUAAAGCUACAGUAUAGGUACAAUAUACUAGUUGUUGAUUUUCCAAUUCUGUGAUCAGGAAACAUUUGAAAGAGAAGCCUUGUUUACAAUUUUGUAAGGGAUUUAAUUAAAAAAUAAAAAA